CGCUCAGCCGCGGCGCGGGCGGUCUGAGAGGUGCGCCAUGCUGUGGAGCGCGGCGGUCCUGCGGAGCAGUAGCCUCCUCUGCGGCCGGGGCGGCGGGAGGGGGCUGUGGACUGGCCGCCCGCAGUCAGAUACUGACAAUGUAAAGCCAUUGGCGGGUGUAAAAAUCCUGGACUUAACAAGGGUAUUGGCGGGACCUUUUGCUACUAUGAAUUUGGGAGAUCUUGGAGCAGAAGUUAUUAAAGUAGAAAAACCAGGAGUUGGUGAUGACACAAGAAGUUGGGGGCCACCUUUUGUGGGCACAGAAAGUACAUACUUUCUCAGUGUUAACCGAAAUAAGAAAAGUAUAGCUGUGAAUAUCAAGGAUCCAAAAGGGGUGAAAAUCAUCAAAGAGCUUGCAGCUGUUUGUGAUGUCUUUGUGGAAAACUAUGUCCCUGGAAAACUGUCUGCCAUGGGUCUGGGAUAUGAAGAUGUGGACAAGGUUGCGCCUCAUAUCAUCUAUUGCUCCAUCACAGGGUAUGGUCACACAGGUCCCAUGUCGCAGCGAGCUGGUUAUGAUUCUAUUGCCUCUGCUAUUUCUGGCCUGAUGCACAUCACAGGCCCUGAGGAUGGAGAGCCAGUUCGCCCAGGAGUGGCCAUGACUGAUCUUGCCACUGGUCUGUAUGCAUAUGGAGCCAUUAUGGCCGGACUGAUGCAGAGAUGUAAAACUGGAAAAGGCCUGUUCAUUGAUUGUAACCUUCUGUCAUCUCAGGUGGCAUGUUUGACCCACGUAGCCGCCAACUAUCUUAUUAGCCAGAAGGAAGGGAAACGUUGGGGCACAGCUCAUGGGAGUCUUGUUCCUUAUCAGGCUUUUAAAACCAAGGAUGGCUAUCUUGUGGUUGGAGCAGGAAAUAACCGACAGUUUGAAACUGUGUGUAAGAUUUUGAACUUGCCUGAAUUGAUUAAUGAUUCCAAGUAUAAAACCAACUUUCUUCGGGUACAGAAUAGAAAGGAGCUUCUUAAAGUACUGUCCACACGGCUUGAAGAAGAAGUGACUUCCACGUGGCUGUGUCUUUUUGAAGGCUCUGGAGUUCCUUAUGGCCCAAUCAACAACAUGAAGACUGUAUUUGCAGAGCCCCAGGUGUUACAUAACGGCCUCGUCAUGGAGAUGAACCAUCCAACAGUAGGGAAGAUUUCAGUCCCAGGCCCAGCUGUGAGAUAUAGCAAGUUCAAGAUGUCAGAGGCCAAGCCACCUCCCCUGCUCGGGCAGCAUACAACACACGUCCUGAAGGACAUCCUCAGAUAUGACGAUAGCACCAUUGGGAAGCUGCUUGAUGCUGGUGUGGUGACUCAACAUGAAGCCAACUAACACAGGAAAAAAGAUCUGUCUCAAAGAGUGCACUUUGCUGGCAAAGGCUGUACUCCAUCUGGGUCCUUCUGUCCAUGUCCAGUGCCACUGUGAAGCAGUUAGAGGAUCUCCAGGUUUCCUGCUUGGGGUCUCUGGAAGGACUCCGUAAUGAAUAGGUCCACAGCACUUCAAAUGUACCUCACAUUGUAUCUCAUAUGAAUUUUCAGAUAAUGGUCUAACUGUGUAUUUGUGCAGUUUUUAAAAUAAAGAAUUCUGUUCUCACACCAGGGGAUGAUUUAAGGUGGACAGCUAUGCUAAUUAGCCUAGUUUGAUUCUUUUAUAAUGUAUAGAUAUAUAAAAACAGUACAGUGUACUCCAUAAAUACAUGCAAUUCCUAUUUGUUAAUUAAAUGAAAAAUGAAAUUUUUUGGAAAGAUUUAAUUUUUUCUGAAAAAAAUACACUCUUUUUCCUAAUUAUGCUAAUGGCCUAAAUGUUUGCCUGUCCUGCCCACACAAACCUGAAAAAGAGCAGAUCUCUUGAUGUUUUCUAGUUGUACAUAAAGUCCUCAUUUAAAUCUUUGUUAGGAAGUCAAAGUAAUAAGCAGAAUGACAGUGCUGGUGAUUGAUUUUAAACAGAAUAACUUAAUUUUGAGCUCUUGAACCCUUUGUUAGUCUGUAAUUUAAACCAUGAGCUUUGCUAAUAUUCCCUUAAAAAUCUGAGCUCCA